AUGCAGAUGCUCACCAAGUUCGAGUCAAAAUCCAACCGCGUAAAAGGCAUAGCCUUCCACCCGCGCCUCCCGCUCCUCGCUUCAUCCCUUCAUAAUGGCUCGAUCCAGCUCUGGAAUUACCAGACCGGUACCAUCUACGACCGCCUCGAGGAGCACGAUGGUCCAGUUCGUGGCAUCUGUUUUCAUCCUUCGCAGCCGCUGCUAGUCAGUGGUGGUGACGACUACAAGAUCAAGGUGUGGAACCACAAGACGCGCAAAUGUCUCUUCACUCUCAACGGCCACCUCGACUACGUACGCACCGUCUUCUUCCACCAUGAACAUCCUUGGAUCCUCAGUGCCUCGGACGACCAAACCAUUCGCAUCUGGAAUUGGCAAAGUCGUACGUGCAUCUCCAUUCUCACCGGUCACAACCACUACGUCAUGUGCGCUCAGUUCCACCCCAAGGAGGACCUCAUCGUCUCGGCUUCCAUGGACCAGACUGUGCGCGUUUGGGACAUCAGCGCUCUGCGCAAAAAGAACACCUCCGCUCAGCCCAUGAGCAUCGAAGAGCAGAUCGCACGAGCCAACAGCGGCCAGGCUGAUCUCUUUGGCAAUACCGACGCCAUGGUCAAGUACGUCCUCGAAGGCCACGACCGCGGCGUCAACUGGGCCUCGUUCCACCCCACUUUACCCCUCAUCGUCUCGGCCGGUGACGAUCGCCAAAUUAAGCUGUGGAGAAUGUCCGACACCAAAGCCUGGGAAGUCGACACCUGCCGCGGUCACUUCAACAAUGUCUCUUGCGCACUCUUCCACCCUCGACACGAGCUCAUCAUCUCGGACGCAGAGGACAAGACCAUCCGCGUCUGGGACAUGGGCAAACGUACCGCCGUACAGACCUUCCGCAGAGAGAGCGACCGUUUCUGGGUGCUUACCGCCCAUCCCACGCUCAACCUCUUUGCCGCCGGUCACGACAACGGUCUCAUCGUCUUCAAGCUCGAGCGCGAGCGUCCAGCCUUCUCGGUGCACCAAAACACGCUCUACUACAUUCGUGACAAGCAGGUCCGCUCGCUCGACUACAGCACCGGCGCCGAUCACGCCCUCCUCACUGUUAAGCGUCUCGGCAACCAGUACGUGCCGCCUCGUACGCUCAGCUUCAACCCCGCAGAGCGUUCCGUGAUCGUCACCUCGGUCAACGGCGAUCAGGGUACCUUCGAUGUGGCUCCCCUUCCUCGCGAGGCUGGAGGCGACCUGGCCGAGUCCUCGAGCGUCGGCAAGCGUGGUCAAGGCUCUAGCGCCAUCUUUGUCGCUCGCAACCGUUUCGCCGUGCUCGACAAGGCCGCUCAGACCAUCGAGAUCCGCGACCUCAACAACACCGUCACCAAGACCAUCACGCCUCCGCAGCCCACCAACGAGAUCUUUUUCGGCGGCACCGCCAGCCUCAUCCUCAGCACCGCCACUGGCGUCGUCCUCUACGACAUCCAACAGCAAAAGACGCUUGCCGAGCUCACCAGUCCGCCCGUCAAAUACGUCGUUUGGAGCAUCGACGGCAGCAUGGUCGCGCUGCUUAGCAAGCACACCAUCACGCUCGCCGACAAGUUGUUUGCCUCGAGCAAUCUCAUUCACGAGACCAUCCGCAUCAAGAGCGCUGCUUGGGACGAAAGUGGCGUGCUUCUCUACAGCACCCUCAACCACAUCAAGUACGCGCUUCCCCAGGGCGACAACGGCAUCAUCAAGACGCUCGAGCAGCCCGUCUACCUUACCCGUGUCAAGGGCAAGACCGUCUCAUGCCUUGACCGUCUCGCCCGUCCUCAGAACAUAACCAUCGAUCCCACCGAGUUUCGCUUCAAGCUCGCGCUCGUUCAGGGCAAGUACGAUGACGUUCUCACCAUCAUCAAGAACAGCAACCUUGUCGGCCAGGCCAUCAUCGCCUUUUUGCAGAAGAAGGGCUACCCCGAAAUCGCCCUCCAUUUCGUCCAGGACAAGAGCACUCGCUUCGACCUCGCCAUCGAGUGCGGCAAUCUCGAUGUUGCCUUGGAGACCGCCGAGUCGCUCAACGUCGAUGAGGUGUGGAACCGACUGGCAACCGCUGCGCUUCGUCAGGGUAAUCACAAGAUUGUCGAGCGUGCCUACCAGCGAACCAAGAGUUUCGACAAGCUCAGCUUCCUCUACCUCAUCACGGGAAACACAGACAAGCUUGCCAAGAUGUCGGUCAUUGCUGACAAGCGUGGCGACCAUCUGAGCCGCUUCCACAACGCGCUCUACCUUGGCAACGCCGAAGCGCGCAGCAGUGUGCUUUCCGAUGUUGGGUUGGAGGCGCUGGCUUAUGCUGCUGCCAAGUCCAACGGGCUCGACGACCGCGCCGCUGCCAUCGCUUCGCAAGCUGGCAUGGAAGAGGAAGCCGCAGAGGUCGACCGACAUCUCGAUCUCGGCGAGGGAACAUCCAAGCUGGCGCCUCCCACCGCUGUUUCGCAGGCAUACCUUCACAAUUGGCCCAUCCUGAGUAGCGAGCAGAGCUACUUUGACCGUGCUCUCGUUGCCGGCAACGACGGUGGCCCCAUCUUCAAGGACAACGCAAUCAACGGCACCAAGACGCAUGAUAUCGAGUCGUGGCUCGACGGCGAGGCACUGGAGCAGUCCGAGGAGGAAGAAGAAGAAGCCUUCGACGCUGCGCCUGAGGACUUUGGCGAGGCCGACGAGGCGUGGGAUCUGGCCGAGGAAGAGGUCGCAAUGCCGGAAGAGGAGGCUGCUGUUGUAGCCCCGCUUCAAGAGACGUUGGAAGGAUUGGCUGCCGGAAGCUCUGAAGCCGAACACUGGCUGCGCAAUUCGCCAGUUGCUGCCGACCAUGCCGCAGCAGGCUCGUUCGAGACAGCAAUGACGUUGCUCUCGAGGCAGGCAGGUAUUGUCGACUUCGCCCCGCUCAAGGCGCUGUUCCUCUCGUCGUACCUGGCUGCACGCAGCUACCUUCCCGCUGCGCCGAGCGCCGGUCCCAUCGAGGUGCAUCUACGACGCAAUAACGAAGCAAGCGACGGAAAGGUGACGAAAGCGCACCCUACCUCGCCGCGUUCUGUCAAAGCGUUUGCCUCUGGCGAUCUGCAGGAUGGCUACCGUGCCGUCAGCGCCAACAAGCUUGCCGAGGCUGAGACCAUCUUCCGUCGCCUGUUGCAUCAGCUUGUGCUGACGCCAGCGUCUACCGAAGCAGAGGCGACCGAGAUUCAAGACUUGAUUGUGCUCUGCCGAGAGUACAUUCUCGGUGUUUCGAUCGAGCUCAGCCGUCGUAAGCUUGCUACCGCCGAGCCAGACAAUGUCGCUCGUAACCUCGAGCUUGCCGCGCUGUUCACCCACACCCAGCUGCAGCCGCAGCAUCAGACAUUGGCGCUCCGCAGCGCCAUGACCGAAGCUCGCAAAGUCAACAACUAUGCGAUGGCAGCGAGCUUUGCCAAGCGACUCAUGGAUCUAUCGCCUGCUCCUGCUGUGGCUCAAAAGGCGCAACAGAUCAUCUCGUUGGCCGAGCGCAGCCCUCGCGACGCUGUUGACGUGCCUGGCUACGACCCUCUCGAGCAGAACUUUGUCAUAUGCGCAGGUAGCUUCCGUCUGAUCACUGCUACAGGUGCUGGCUCGGUGACAGACCCACUCACAGGCGCUCGAUAUCUGCCCGAAUUCAAGGGCACGCUCUGCAAGAUCACACAGAUUUCCGAGGUGGGAAAGCUCGCUUCGGGCCUGCGCAGCUUUGCCACGUAG